AGUGGGCCUCUGUAUGCAGCUCAAACUCAGUCUAGUUUUUCGUCUGGCACGUCAACGCGUGGCUACGCGUCGCCGCCGGCUGCUAUGACACCCUCGGGACCUGGAUUAAGGCAGUGUGCACAAAUGAAGGCCCGUGGGGCUCGUUGAGAAGGAUCCACAACCUAACCUAACCUCUAAAAAAGGGUCCAUCGUCUUUUUGGGGAGGAUUUUUUAGACUAUGUCAGCUUGUUUUCAAUCUCUCACAUAGAAAUUGUCCAUCUUCUUCACAGGAAUGAUUUAUUCCAAAUUAAUAAUCGCCUUUUCAAGAGGAAACUUUCCGAAAGAAGCUUAGCUUAGUACGAAUGAAUCUCGAAAGACGUCGGUUGGAUCUGGGUCCUUAAACAGUCAGCCUCUAAUCCAAUCUGCUUCCAGUCCGUAUGGCGGCAGCCAACACAGCACGCCGCCUUCUCUACGCCCUCUGGCUUCGCCAGCAGGUGACGACAGUGCGCAUCAGGUGGAUUCGCUACAGCCUCUACCUCCAGGCCAAGACCUCCGCGAACUAUAUUAAGGGUGUCCACGACUUUGCGUACUGCACUACCAUUUUUGACUUGUAUUCGAAUAGAUUCAGGGAAGUCGUAGGCCCAACCCGAAUCGACUAGCGUCGUCACCAUCGUCACCAUUGUCAUCAUCAUCAUCAUCAUCAUCAUCAUCAUCACGAUCAGGAAAGAAGAUGUUCCGAAGAAUGCAAUAGCGCAGCCUCUAACGACAUCCCGAUCGCCAUGACGUG